CGUUGCCUCACAGAGCCAUGCGAGACCUUGGCCUACUCAGUGCUGAUCCCGUGAGGGGAGUGGCCCCCACACCCAUAGACGCACUGUGUGGGCAGCUUCAGGCGAAACUGUCGUACAAGCAUGGCGAGAGGGAUAUGGUAUUGCUUCAACACGAGUUCGAGAUCGAGACGGCGUCUGGGUCCAGGGAGAGGCACACGUCGAGUCUUGUCAGCUACGGCGACGGUUUUGGUAUGGGCGAUUCAGCCAUGGCCAAGACGGUGGGCUUCCCGGUGGCCAUGGCAACACAACUGAUCCUGGAUAAGCAGAUCGACCGCACGGGUGUGGUCAAGCCCACCACAGAAGACUUCUACACGCCCAUACUCGCCGAACUAGAGGCCCGAGGACUGCCGGUAAUUGAGAGCUGAGGUGCGUCGUAGAGCCCUAUGGACGCUGAGGUGCACUCGACCACAGUGUAGUUCAUUGCGGGGCGGGUUUAGGGUAUCAGGGUAUGCCCUAGACUACUCGGAGGCUCAUAGUCAACUGAAGUAAUUAGCAGAAGCACUGUACAUAGCCCUACUUUUGGGUUUGGGGUGGGUUAGUAGAGGUGUUGUAGAGACGCCUAGCAGACCCACACGACCUGCGUUGCUGUGGCUGGGCGCGAGCUUUUCAUUUGUACUGGUAUACACGUAUAUGUAGAAAUAAAUAUAUAUAUAUGACCGCAUCACGGUAUUCCCA